CUUACACUCACCCUUCUGCAUUCACUCACUCACUCACUCCUACAUACAAUCAUGGGUUUCCUCGACGCCUUCUCUUCUUCCCAGAAUCAGUACGACAACUUCCAAAGCGAUGAUGCACCUCACCAAGCUAGCUUGAGCCACGAACUCCUUGGCGGUGCCGUUGCGUUCGAAGCUGCAAAGGCUUACGAAGAUCACUGUGCCAAGAAUGGCAAGCCCCAAAGCCACGCUUUGGCUAAGGAACUUUUCGCCGGUUUCGCCGGGGCUGCGGUUGACCGCCUGGUCGAGACCAAGGGUGCUGACGCGUGGUCUGCGCACCAGAAACAGAGAGCGCAAUCGCAUGCUCAAGAGCAGAUCCAGGAAACAUUCACCGAAGAUGUUUACGAGCAGAACUACUAGAUAUACUACGUGUCAAAUAACCUGUAUAGCCAUGCAAGGCAUUUCAAUUUCAUGGACGAACCAUUUCGUAUAUACAAUGCUAGUGGGAAUACAUGCACAACAACCACAGAUCCUCGAUUGAUCCAUACUCUAAAUGGCGAAUAAAGCUAUGCAGCCACGUCACAAACUCAU